CUCCAAACUCCAACCUCACUCGUCACCACCACCACCCCCCGGCUGCCCCACCUCGGCGGCAUUGCCAGCUUGAUCUCGGCCGCUCCCCAGCUCCGUGUCCAUUCGAUACCGGACCUGCCACCGGCCCCGGCCAUGCCGCGCGUACCGUAGUCGGCCGCCAGUGCCAUGCUCGCCGCCUCUGACGUCCUACCGCGGCCAUGACCUGCAUCAACUCCGACAACUUCCUGGCCGUCGCCCUCGUCAUCAACCGCUCUCGCGACGGCCCGGCUUUUGUCUUUCACUACCCACCCAACGUUCAGCCGCCCGUUUCCAGCGCCGCGGAAUCUGCCGAGACGGUGCAUGACGCCGAGGACCUCCUUUUGGAACGCCUAUCCGUCCACACGCGCAGGGAGAGCGACGUCGGGACCGCCUCCGCCCAGCACCGUCAUCACGAUGACCACCUCAUGACCGAGUCCGGCACGCAAAUCGUCCCCUGGGAGCACGUGGCUGGGUUUCCCAUUCGCGACCUGGCUGGUAUUCUGACACCGGCACGCCCCUACCACAAGAAGCUCUUCCAGCUUUCACUCGAUCCGCUACUAUGCAUCUCCUAUCCCAUUCAUGUGCCGGAAAACGGCAAAUGGAAGAAGCCGAAGAAGGCCGACAAGGCGGGCGCCCGCUCUGCCAGCUCGCGGAUAGCUGACGACAACAUUGCCCCCCACGAGACGGAGCCUCCCCCGCCUCCCCCGCCUCGUCCCGAGGCUGUUGCUGCCAAGGACAAGGACGGCAAGAAGGAAGACGCCGAUGACGAGAAGCGAAGCUCCAUGACCAUGUUUAGCCUCGUCUUCAUCUUGAAUCCGAAGAGGCAUGAGGUCCGAGAGCUCGUCGACAGCCUGUAUAGCAACAUUGUGAAGAAGGUCAACAAGGCCUACAAGUACAGCCAGCAGCAUAGCGACUUUAUCUGGAAGGAGUCGAAGCGGAUACUCGCCGCAAAGGACAAGGCACGGGAAGACAAAAAGAAAAUGAGCGUGCUGUGGAAAGAGCUGCUUCAAACGUCGUCGCUGGCCGCAUCGGUCCACGAUAUCUAUGAGGCCGUCUCGCAGAACAGAAUCGCCACUCUUCACCUGGACACGGCUGCCGGCGUGCUGUCGCCUUCGGUCCAGGUCCCUGCACCAUUCUACGUGUCUGACCUCCCGAACGAGCAUGAGGGCGUCCAGCGGGGCCUCUGGCUCACCACGGCGAAUGCCUUCCUGAGCCAGGAUGCCCUCGAGGAGCCCGGCUUUCUCGACCGCAACUUUGCCCUGUUGCUCAUGGACGACGAAAAGAAGAUCAUCUCGGAGCUUCAGACCGACAGAGAUCCGACCACCCUCUCCAUGAUAGAGUUCGUUCGGCUUGCCAAGCCGACCAUGUCCUUUUACCAAGUCGGGCAGACCAACAGCGUUCUUACCCUGGGCCAGGUUCGCAAGUACGCCCAGCAUUUCAUCUUUUGGCGCCGUGCCAUCGCGAUCCCGCCCCUCCACGCCCGCGAUGUGUACGUCGUGUCACCCAACUGCGACCUGUCGCGCCUCCCCGAGGCGUCGCAGGAUUGGCAGCGCGCCUUUCCCAUCGCCCCGCCGCUGCCCAACUUCCUGGCCGAGCUUUCCAUGUGCCCCAAGCCGUAUAAGACGUUCUGCUCCAGCAAGGCCUAUCGCCCGCUCUACCUCCGCAUGCUGGCGUGGCUCAUGCGGGGCGGCUGGGUCACCCAGCUGUGCACCUUUGCCUACGUCGUGGUCUGGCCCGAGAUCCUCUACGAGGUCGACUACGAGAUCGAGGCUGAGGAGUUGGCCGCCUCCGCCGAGGAGGCCCGCGCCCAGGACGAGGGCAACAGUAACGGAGCGACCGGCCCGUCUACGCCGCCCAACGGCUCCGCCACGGCUCCGCCCGCCGAGACGCUUCCGGACGAAGCAGGCAUGACGAGCUCCACCUCGGCCGCCCGCCCGACGGCCGAGCACGCCGCCGAGAUGGCCCGCCUCGAGCGCAUUGCCCUCAAGGCCACCCGCGACGCCGCCGACAAGGCCACGGCGCACGCGCGCAAGACGGUCCCCGUGGCCACGGCCCGCCCCUCGACCAACGACGCCCUCCACCUCGCGGGCAUCACGCCGCACAUCAUCCUCGACGCCAAGAAGGCCACGGGCAAGGAGUCGCGCUACCUGUCCGCCGUCGCGCACCGCCUGCGCGACGAAAAGGUCCGCUCCGCCUGGCAGCUCAUGUGCAAGUACUUUGACGGCCACUGCGCCCUCGAGCGCAUCGCCCUCCAGGAGGACAUGAAGCGCAAGGAGACGUGGAACCUCCUCACCGCCAUGUCCGAGUACCUGCUCUGCACGCGGCAUUGGUGAACCACCCGAAGUGACGGGCGGUCCGAUGUCACGCCACACGCCACUCCGCAGGGGAAACUCGCGCGCGCGCGCGCACACACACACACACAUAUGUGUAUACACACACACAUACAGAUACAGACUUGCCACUUGAGAUGACGGCUCACAAUGCAGCUGCGGCACGCGUCAUGGCGAAUAAUAAAAUGAUAAAAGGGCCGCGGCGAGGCGGGCGAGCGUUGUCAUGGGGAACCGGGGUUGGGAGCCGAGACGCAUCGGGGCGUCAUCUUGCUGCCGCGUCCCGCGUAUCUAGUACCGGAGCAGUAGGCAACCGGAAAUUUUGUUGGUGCUGCAUGGCCCGUUCGUUAGCCGAUGCCUCGAAGAUGGGAUCACACCCAAUGGGGCCCGUAUCUAGUACUGGAGCAGUAGACAACCGGACAGAGAUACUGCCGAGAGUACCCUCCAGUCUCGUGCUUUCUACAGUACGCGCCCCUCCCUACCUGAUAGGGAGGGACUGAGCAGAUGCCCGAGAGCGCAUUCGUACACACACUUCUCACCACGACGAGCGCUAUCCAAUCAUCAUCACAUGCAAGAUACAGGGUCCGUUUGCCAUCAUUAGAGUUGGGAAUAAAUUAAUGGUAGCAGUCAAUUAAAAGAGCAAUACCAAUAGCAGAAAGUACAGACAAACACCAGCGGUCGAGUGCCCCAACAAGAGUUCGCAACAGCAAAGUCCCGAAGAUAGCCAGUAGGUGAUCGUUCCUGUAUCCCAACACAUCCGACAACUCGGUGGUGUCAUAGGGCGCCAGCGACUAGCUGAAACGCGGCCGUCAAC